UCUGAUCCUGCUCAGUGAAGGAUACUGACUGACAUCUGGUCCCUGUUCACCGAUGGAAAACUAUAAAAUCACCAUGUCUGAUGAUUAUGCGGGGCUCUUGAACGGCUUAGAUGACUUGUAUGACAACAAUUCAUCCUCAGGGGAUGGGGACUGUUGUGGAGGAGGGGAUGUGUGUGACUCAGAAGAAGACAUACAGUUCGGGGCUUUGUUCAUCCCGGUUCUGUACUCUAUCGUGUUUGUCGUGGGAGUCUUGGGAAAUGGAGUGCUCCUGGGAGUUUUGGCUCGCAGCAGGAAGUUCUGGAGUGUGACAGACACCUUCAUCCUACACCUGUGUAUCGCAGAUGUCCUGCUGCUGGUGACGCUGCCCUUCUGGGCUGCAGAGUCUGCAAAUCCUGACGGAUGGAUCUUUGGGACUCCCCUGUGCAAGAUCAAUGGAGCUGUUUUCACGAUCAAUUUUUACUGUGGGAUCUUUCUCCUGGCCUGCAUCAGUCUGGACCGCUACCUGUCAAUCGUCCAUGCUACCCAGAUGUACUCCCGCAGGAACCCCUUGGUGGUUCACAUCAGCUGCCUGGCAGUGUGGCUCUUCUCCCUGCUCCUGUCCAUCCCUGACUGGAUCUUUCUGAGCGCCUCCAUGGACACCCGACGCAACAGAACCGAGUGUAUUCGUGAUUACUUCAUUUAUGGCUCUGAGGCGGUCACCAACUGGCGUUUCGCAUCACGUCUGCUCUACCACGUCAUUGGCUUCCUCCUGCCUUCAGCCAUUCUGAUCUUCUGUUACUCCUGCAUUCUGAGGAGGCUGAGGUGUGGCUCCCAGGGUCUCCAAAAGCAGAAGGCCUUCAGGGUCAUAGUGGCCGUUGUGGUGGUCUUCUUUCUUUGCUGGCUGCCGUACAACAUCACGCUCAUGGUGGACACUCUUAAAUCGGCCAACAGCAGUGAUGGCUGUGGAGUCAGAACAUCUCUGGAGAAAGCCAAGAUAAUCACCUCAUCUGUGGGUUACAUGCACUGCAGCCUCAAUCCGAUCCUGUACGCCUUUGUGGGGGUCAAGUUUCGGCGUCAGCUUAUGGACAUCCUGAGGGCUUUCGGCUGCAAGAUGAAGAUAAGCGUCCAAUCUGCUGCAAGCAGUAGAAGAAGCUCCUUUUGGUCUGAGUCUGCGGACACUUCCAACUCAGUGGCUGUCUGAGAGAGACAGAGAUGUAGAAACUGAACAAGCUCACAGAAAACUGUCUCACUUAUAAGAUACAAGCAUGCAUUGUAUUUUGGUAUUGAUCUAGUUAAAACAUCCAGACACAAACUAUGCAUCUGUUCAGUUUGUUCUGUAAUAUAGUGCACAGGGCAUUGGUGGCUUAACAUGAAUGCAGGCUUUUGGGGAGAGAAUGAAAAACUAUGGUGUGAGGAUUAAAUACAGGCAUUUUAUACAUGAUAUAUGAUAUUUUUCCUCAGUUCUGAUUUUAGUUUCAGUCUUGGAUUCUUUAUAAAGAUGGACACAGUAACAGUGCUUAAAAAGUUAAGCCAAAAACAUCUCACUGUGGCCCCGAUGGCAGACUGCAGUCUAACUUUUAACUUUUAUCCCAUCCUUGUGAAGUGGAAGACAGCUGUAAAGUCUAUCUGCAGUCUUUAAUAAUUAACACAUUGACAGGAAACCAAUCAGACAGUGCAGGCACAUUUUACAUCCUGUCUCUACUGUGAGGUCCUGGUUCUAAAUUGUGUCACAAACACAAUAUGAUAUGUCCUGUAACCGCAGCAGUUUGGAUUUAUUUUUAUUAGGCUGGGCAAAUUAACGCGUUAUUACCGCGUUAACGCAUUCAUGAAAUAACGCCGACAAUUUUUUUUAAAAUCUCCCGUUAAUGCCGUUUUAUUAUCGUUCUGCCUUUCAAGCAAGUCUUCGUUCAUUUAUACAUACGGACUCUUAUUUUGAAAAGCAUGCUUUUAUUUUGGCGCGCCACACGCACCAAGCGCCGGUGAACAACGGCUGAGAGGAGAAAGCGAGCUUUAUAAGUAAUGCUGAAAGAAACUUUGUUCAACUCCUACAGAAGCAACGCCUGUAUGUAUCAAUCAUUCUGUUGUUUGCUAAAUAAUUUCACAUGCAAACGUGCCGUUAAAAACAUGUUUAUGACGUUAUUUUGGAUGUGUUUAUUACAAUGUGUU